GUCUUUGGCCAACUUUCUUGGGCUUCAUUCGCGUUUGUCGUUACCAUGAAAGCGGUUCUCUGCGCGAUUUGUGUCACUUUGCUGGCCGCUUUUGGCCACGGAUUGCCCGCCCAGUUGGCUGAUGAGAAUCAGGGAUCCUUUGCCGGCCAGGUUUCCCAACUGAUUGCUCUGCAGCUGCUGAAGUUCAACAAGGACAUCGAUGCCAAUCAGGUGCAUUCUCCGUUGGGAGUUGCUUCUAUUCUGGCCGUUUUGGCGGAGGCUUCCGAAGGCGAUACCUACUCGGAGUUUGAGCAGGUCUUCGGUUACCCCAAGGAUCGCACCAAGUUGAGGGACGCCUACAAGAGGAUCCUGGGCAGCUACCAGAACAGAGAUGCUGCCGUGGCCCUGCCCUCCUUCCAGACCUGGCUGUACAUCUACCGGAACAACAGUGCCCGCGAGGAGUUCAAGGAUCUGCUCGAGAAACACUACUAUGUGGACGUGAAGGAUAUCAGUCGGCAGGAGUACGACUGGAACGAGCCCAACACCUCGCUGCAGCUGUCAGAGGAGAAGGAUAACACGGAUGCCACCGAGGGAAGCACCGAACAAAGCAACAGCAAGGACGUCAUUGGAUUCGAGACCCUAAAGAGAAUCAAGCUGGACGACGAGGACAUUCCUGACAUACCAGCCAUUCCAGCCGACGGCUAUGGCCAGGAAAUCAUCGACAAAGAGGCCUCCAAGUUCGAUCGCGACGUGGAUGACAAGCAAUAUGUGGAAAAACCAGUUGCCCAGGCUGAGGCCGAGCUACUGCAGCAAGAACAGAAGCAGCAGGCCACCACAGAAUUGGAAUUGGAAUUGGAAUCCCAGCCCGAGGAAACCACCACUCUUGCAGUGGAAAAACAGGAAAAACCAGACAUGGCAGCCGAGGAAAAUCCAGCUGAAAAGCAGCAGAACAAGCGCAGCGACCAGGAGGAGAGCCAGAUCAAGAACCUCGAGGAGAACGAGACUGUGCAGGAGGAGGAGAAGCUGGCCAAGAUCAUGGCAGCUUCCGCUUUGACCGCCGGUGAACCCGAGAAGGUGCGUCUGCCCCUCCAGAAGCUGGAGAACGCUGUGAAGACGGCGGCCAAGGAUGGCGCUGAUGAAAUCAUGAUCGCUCUGGAGUCGCACCUACCUUCUGUCAGUCGGGUCAAUGGCGCACGUAGUUUGUUCCAGCGGGAUGACAUCACCUCUGCUCUAAGUGCCAACUCCAUCACGGGACGCUCGGCAGGAUCGAAGUCCAAGAUGCUCCUGUUUAACGGCCUGUACUACCGCGGCAGCUGGGCCAAUCCCUUCUACCAGCUGCGAGAUGGCAGCGAUGAGUUCUUCUUCAUGACCAACGAGGACGCCAUGAAGGCGCCAAUGAUGCAUGCCCGUGGCAAGUUCCAGGUGGCAGAUCUUUCGCAGGUCAAAGCCCGAGUUCUCAGUUUGCCCUACGAAACCUCCAGAUAUGCCUUGUGCAUUGUCCUGCCCGACGAAACGGAGGGACUGAGUGAUGUGAUUUCCAAGCUGCAGACGAGUGAUUUCCUGUUGGCCAAGAAGCAGUUCCAAAUGAAGGAGCUGCAUGUUUCGCUGCCCAAGUUCCAAGUGGAGGAGACCUCCCGCUCCGAGGCAAUGCUCAAGCAGAUGGGCUUGACGAAGGUCUUCUCGAGGACCGAAGCCCAGUUGGGCUUGCUGUCCGAGGAUCCCGAUGUCCACGUGGAUGAGAUAGUCCAGUUUGUGAAUGUCCGCGUGGACGAGGGUGGCAGCAGUGCCAACUCCUUGUCAGCCGCCACCAUGCAGGCCAGAACUCCCAGCGUGGAGUCCACAGUUCUCCCAGUUCCAGAACCGGAGCCAGAACUGCCAGGAGUGGAACGCUUCGAGGUGAAUCGUCCUUUUGCCUACUUCAUUGUCGACUGCCAGGAGCAGUUUGUGCUGGCCUCCGGAAAAAUCUACACGCCCGAGUUUAAGGAAGAUCUGCCCUCAGUUUCCGUCGAAGUGGAGCUGGAGCAGUCUUAGUCUGCUAGCUUAGUAUCUCAUAAGUUUCGUAACGAAUUUUCACCGAUCCAUGCAAUAAACGUGCACAAUUCAUUUUCCAAAACAA